AUGGGAUUUUGGCCGUUCGGCGGAGGCAAGAAACGCCGCACAAGCCACGGUGAAGACCAAGGUCGAAAUACACUUCUCGAAAAAGAACGAACAGAUCCACGUCCCAGGUUGAAAACAAGCGCCCCUCAAGAGUUCGCCGCGAUGGGCCGCUCCCAAAGUACGCGUGACGAGGCACCUCGGCGACUUUCCAAGCAGAGACAUCCGAGCCAUCAAGGAAACGUUCCUCGUUCCGUAACUAUGCCUGUCACUGGGCCUGCACCAGAAUCGCGGGCGAAGAGGAGAGGGUCUGCCGUGGAACAUGGUCUAUACUCACACAACCCUAUGUCUCAGCCCAGUAUUGGACCAGAUGAUUUCACAACCCUUCCUCAGGCUCCGACUCUACUAGCAAAACGAAAAGGGAAUGAUCCAACCCUCCUACGAAGGAAAUCCAGCAAAAGGAAAGCAGAAGACUAUGCUCGCGAGAGGGAAAUUCGUGCCAUGAGUUCGCCCGUUCCCGGACUGAAGCGGCCGAGUACGUAUUCUGGAUCUGGCCAGUUGCGUCAAGGCACGAAGCAAGUCCCUGGCGAUCUCAAUCUGCGGCUUCAGCGACCAGCUUCGGAGAUGUCUUUACCCGUACCAGAAACCGUCCAGGAAUCCAAAGAUUUGACGAAUCACGCUUCAUUCAAGAUUGGCAUAUUGGCUGCCCUGAGUCCGAGACCAACACUUACCUAUGUGGCCAACCCUCGAUCGUCAGCGGGAAAGCAGCCUGCCAGAAUCAAACCUUUGAUCCAGCAAGCCAUAGAGGAAGAAGAUGUCUCCUCGAAGAAGAGGAUUGAUGAAUUGGCGGACGAUCUUGAUGCUGGUGGAUUAAGAGAGUUGAUGGAGAGAGACCGCAGACGCCAUGAAAGGAAAAAGGUCGCUGAAAGAGAUCGACUCCAACGGAAGCUCCAACGGAAGACUGACAGACAGCGGGAAGAGGAAAUGCCCGGUCGUCAAGUCAACGAAUCAUCCACUGGCCCUGUCCGGUUGAGUCUCGAAGACAGCGAAAGACGAGGCAGAAGGCCUCGUGGGAAUGGUGCAGAGGCUUCCGAAGCAGCUAUGAGAAGAAUUCCAAGUCGAGGAAGCAAGAGAGCCGAUCCAUUUAUCGGUCCUGACAGCGGCAAGGCCCGGCCAUACCAACAUAUUCGAAAUCCUUUUGAUGACGAGAAGGACGUCGACCUCAUGCAUGAUCCAUUUGCUCAUGAAGAAGACGAGGGACCACCGGUUCCCGGCAGGUCUCCCCUACGAACGGUUUCUUCCGUCGAAGUCAAAAGAGAUCAAAAGCCUUCGCCGGCAACAACGAUCUCCCCGCCCACUUCUCCCAUUCAACGACCUACAGAUCGCCAAAGCCUCUCUCAGACAUCUGGUCUUGCCCGCGAACUUACGCCGGACAUCCCAGAACAUGGACAGCUAGAUCGUCGUGCUUCUGAUCAAAGCAGCCAGCAUUUUAGCUCUUGGACCAAUUUUUUCAAGCGUGGUAACCGCCGCAAACCCUGCACCACGGAACGUGGGAGAAGCACCCCGUCCGAGUUCUCGAACACAUCGCGCGAGUCCUUUGCUCGAAAACCGCAACCUCCACCUGUUGUCGUCCCUCGAACAUUCCGAAGAUCUGAAUCUUCCGGGGUUCCUCAGAGAACCAUGUCCAAAUUUCGGGAGGAUCUACCCGAAUUCCCCAUUUCACCACCGGAUUCCCGUGUUCAAUCUCCUGAAAUCAUGACUGGCCCGCAGGCGGGCCUGGGGCAGCAGUCUGUCCGGCAACCCCGACUAUCUCAUUCAGGGACACUGGAUGAGAGAAGCCUCGCCACCAGCUCGAGUAACCCUGCCUUGGAUCGUGGGACUGCAGAAGGCCGACACACACAAGCGAUGGACAUUGACGUGGGCAGUGGUGCAGCAUCGGGCAUGGCCAUGUCUCAAUCACUUGCCUCUGUUGAUUCGGAAGGGUCGUGGCUGUCCGGGAAGCCUGUUAAGCGUUUGUCUGGCGGCAUGAGUCAGCCCCCUCGACAGAGUCAAUCAUCUCCCCCACCACCAUCUAUCCCUGGGGCAUUUGAGGCGGACGAAAAUGACCUUGCGGAUGACGAGUAUCUGAACCGAUUGACGCCGGGUCCAAGUGGCCAACGUGACUCAAUCACAUCUGGAGGUCGUAAAGCAAGCAGCACCGUCAUUGAUCUAGAGCGGGAACGGCAACAAAGUCCUCUACCCGAAGUUCCUCCUGUUCCUUCCAGCCAAGGCGGGGAUGAGACAUGGCACGAAGGCGUCGGGCGGCAGGUCACGGUAGUGCGGCAACCGAAUCGAGCAAAAUCGAAGGAAGGACUUUUGAAGGAAUCCGGAACUGAAACCCCAGGAGGGUCUCAAAGAUCCAGCUCUGUUGAAGAGGACGAUGGGGCUGAUGAUGGAGAUUUGCCAGAAGGAGAAACCGCCGGAGCGGAGUUGCGAGAAACGCCACUUUUACGAGCGCGAAGUGUGGAAUACAAGGGCCACGCCCGACAUAUCAGCGCUGGGAGCGCCCGAUUAUUGGACAUUCGACGGUCAUCUACGCAGUCAGAGACCACAUCGCGAAGCCCGAGCCUCCCUCACAUUGCGACGACGUCUGUUCCACAGGAGCAACCAGCAGCACCCAAAGAGCCGUAA